ACCAUGAAUAUCAUUAAAGUUUAAUUAUAAUUAUAAUCUCCACCCAUUAUUAGUGAACUUUACUCAAGACAGCUCAUACCUUUUUCUCAAUCUCAAAGAAGGCCUUUUGUUAAAUGUAUCUAUAAAAUCUAGAUCUAUUGCCCAUCACUACCAGUUAGCUCUACAAGUCUAUGGCUACUUCUGGUAGAAAGGUUGUUGUGAUUGGAGCUGGAGUCAUAGGAUUAUCAGUGGCUACACAUCUCCUUGAGAAGUAUAAAGAAGAUAUAACAGUUACUAUAAUUGCUGACAAGUUCUCCCCUAAUACCAUUAGCAGUGAUAAGUCAGGUGGAUGGAUAUUCCCACCACUCAGCUCUGCUAAAACAAUAUCUCCUGAUAAUCCAGACAGAGUUACAAAAUGGGUCAAAGGAACUUUUGAAAAGUUUUCUGAGAUCUGUCAUUCUGAGGAGUGUGGUGAGGCUGGUCUGUCUCAAGCUUAUGGAUAUUUGGAAUCGCGUGAAAUUAAUUUUCCAUUUCAGCCUCAGGUUGAUUUGCAGGGUCUAAAAUUCUCGUGGUCAAAAUUUGUGCAAGGUUUUCAAUACCUGUCAGUAGAAGAAGCUCAAAAACAAGUCUUUGAUUGUCACACUCCAUUACUUGCCUUUACCACCUUCAUAGUCCCUUGCCCUGUAUACCUCCCAUGGCUUCUGAAGAAAUUCAAAGGACUAGGAGGUGUUGCAGAAGAAAGGAAAAUCACCAAUCUCUCAGAGCUGGCCGGAUCUUAUGACAUUGUUAUUAAUUGCACUGGCCUGGGUGCAAGGGAACUAGCAAAUGAUGAACAAGUAUAUCCAGUACGUGGACACAUAGUUACUGUCUCUGCCCCUUGGAUUAAACAAUGGGUUGUGAGGAGGAUCCCAGACGUUAAGGGAAAGACGGCUUAUGCAUUUCCUCGCGUUAACGAAGUUCUCUUGGGUGGUAGUUUUGAUGUCAAUAACGAGGAUCUAACAGUAGACCAAGAUGAAGUAGACAAGAUAUUAGAGAGAUGCAUCAAAGUAAUCCCGAGUCUUGCCGGAGCAGAAAUAAAGGCAACCUGGGCUGGAGUUAGGCCAUGCAGGAAUGGUGGGAUAAGGCUGGAGAGAGAGGAAAGACAAGACUUUGUAUUAAUUCAUUGCUAUGGGCACGGAGGAGAUGGGGUUAGCUUGAGCUGGGGUUGCGCUAUGGAAGUUGGAGAAUUAGUUAAUGAGACAAUUAAAUCAAAAUAAAACAUUAUAAUAAUACUAAAUAAUGUGUUAUUAUUUAAAAUAAUUCAUGCUGUUUAUUAUUAUUAUUAUUAUUGAAAAAUUAAUGUUCAUGCUGUAUAUCUUUUUAAUUUUUCAGUUUAAUCGAUGCCUCAACAAUA